CAGUAGGUCAUGAUCACCUCUUUGAUUUUUGUGUUCAACUGGGAGAGCAUUGCCUUUUACUUCGUGGGAAGAAGUCGUAACCGCUCACAUCAUUUUCCCAGUUUGCGAAGCAUUCAGUUCACAAAAUUUUGGUAAAUCUCUUUUUGGAGUUGAAAAUUGUAAGCCUUCAAAAUUGAAAAUUUCAAAAUUCAGUUCGGCGUUUCCCAUCAGACUCAGACACACACACACACGCAUCAAAAUUACAAGUUUUUUUAAGUAUAACUUUUAGCAAUAUGAAUACCACUUUAAGGGUUGCUCGAUUGAGCCUGCAUCGCUGUUGCCGUUUUGUUGGCCACAAGGCUAGGAGCAAUGAGGCUUCCGGUUUGCGCCGAUUACCGGCAGUUUCUGGCCAAAAGCGUAGAUUUGCCGACCGAUACACCUUCGAUGACAAGACCCAGGCCCAAAUCGAAGGUUUUAGAAAUGAUAUGAGCAUGGCUGAGCUUCCCCGCGAGUCGCCUUGGCGCGAAGAAAGUGCUGCUGAUUUUCCCGAGCGUCUGGAUGAGUUGGGCUACGAGUCGCACUGCAACGAUCGUUUGUACAUGGCAAAGAAUAAAUUUAGGGAUGCCCAGGACCAGUACAUAAUGGAGCGCGAGGAGCGGCGCACGGAGGCGCAGAAGAGGAUUCAAAAUCAUUUUGCGCGCAAUCAACAGGAACCGGAAACAAUGCGCCGCCGUGCUGUUCAGCAGGAUCCCGUCGAACACCAAAAAAGGCAGGAGCAAAUCAUCGAGCAGAAUCGACGCAAAUGGCAAAGCCGCCCGGCAUCGAGGAGGGAAACGAAUACCUCGGGCAUCACCUAUCGCCCGGAACUGCGCCGGGAAAAGUAUUUUGAGGAGAAGCAGCAACGGGAAACGGCGAAACGCAAUCCGGGUAGUGCUGAGGAUGCGGCGGAGGACCAAACGUUAGUCUACGAUUCCAAUCGUCCCACUGCCGAGUGGCUGAGAAAGCGCGAGGCGGCCAAAGAGGCGGAAUACUGGCAUUCCUGGCACACCUGUCCCAGCUCCCGGGAUGCCGAGACCACGGAGGAGGUAAAGCCCCAUCUGCGACGCAAGAAGGUGGUGUCCCAUCCACCCGCAUACCCUCGAGAUGGUCAGCGACGCGGUUACCAUCAGAUAGUGCCACCGGUUUACCGGCUCAAAGCCAAAACCGUAGUGCUGCUGCACAAACGACGACCCACUGGCAUCGAGAAGCAGUUCCACAAGUUUGCCCGCAAACAGGCCACACCCUGGCAUCAGGAUGUGGCACAGACCAAUGCGCAACCACAGCAAAAACCCCAGGUGGUGCCCGAAAAGGAGGAGGACAAAAAGAAGCCCAAGCGCAAGGAGAAUCGUCGAUCCGUGGAGCCCCCAAGAUUCCGGAUGGUCGUCAAGAGUCGUACUCCGGUGUCGCGACCCUCUACGCCCGUUUGCAGUUACUCGGGGCAGUUCGACAUGCCGCCCACCAUUGCCGGACCCAGUGUUUACAUGGCGGCACUUCGUAAAUCCCUCGCCGAGACCUGCCGAAACUACUCCAGCGGCAACACCAACUAGUGCAGAUUUGAAAAACAUUGUCAAUCGCCCCUUUAAUUUUGAAAUGUGAAUACAUUUGUCCGAGCUCCUCAAGGGGUUCUGGGCUAUUAUAAUUACAUUUAAAACUAUUGACGCAUGAAAA